GGAAAGUGUAGAUAGGGCCUUAAUAAAGCCUUCUAAUACUCAGUAGCGAUCAAACUUCAUUGCAAAAUUAAUAUUUGUUAUUGUUUCUAAGAUAUUAAAUGUCUACAGAUGCGUCCGUGGAUAAACCCUAACGCGGUGUUUAGUUAUAUUCGCAGUUCGUAAUAUAUUCGAGCUUACUUUUGCCGCAAUAUAAGUAAUAAACUAAGCCAUGAUGAGGGAAUCGGCUCACGAUAUAAACAUGGACACCUGGAAGCAAUGGAUCCUUGAAGCUAUUUCGAAGAUCAGGUCCCAGAAGCAAAGGCCAUCAGUGCAGAGAAUUUGCCAAGCAAUUGGUACCCAUCACAAGUUCCACGAGGACAUUGUGGCCGAAAAACUGGAAAAGGCCGUUGAAUCGGGAGCUGUAAUCAAGGUUUAUAAUAAGGGGCUGCACUCCUACAAGGCGCCUAUGGCCAAGCGUCGCAUCAAGGUUGACAAGAACACCAAUCUGUACAAGCUAGUGGCAAAGGCAGUUCACGAUCUCGGUGAAUGCGAGGGAUCCACCAUUAAGAGUAUUGAGAACUACAUUCAAAAGUUCAACUGUAUCGAUCUUUCACCAAAUGUGGACUUCAAGGCCGUCAUUAAGGCAUCCAUCAAAAAAGCCGUGGAUGCCGGCUUUCUGAUCCAAGAGGGAAAGUUAUAUAAAAAGGGUAAAUCUUUGACUACACCGCGGAAAUGCGCCCCUGCUUCCGAUGUGGUCAUAAAAGGGGAGGAGAGCUGUACGCACUGCUCGGGCAACUCGCAGAAGAACCUCAAUGGAAUACCAGAACCAUUAAGCUCCUGCAAACAGUGCGGGAUCUCCCUGCACACCACUUGCGCGAAUAUCGCCGGCAGGUGCAAGUCACAAUCCUACGUUCUGCUCUACAUGCUCGUCACCAAGGGCACGAACUGGGACUGCCAAAACUGCGCAGAUUGCGCUGUUUGUAAGAUGCGUAACAGGGGGCCAUGCCUGCUGCAGUGCUUUGUGUGCAAGGACCACUUUCACUUAACGUGCCUUGACACAAUUCCAGACAAGAAGCCCAAGCAUCCAUACAGGUGCAAAACAUGUUCAAAGCAAAGCUUAGAUAAUCCAAAGUUGGUUAAAAAGGAUAAUACCAGAAUCAAAAUGGAGAUUAGCAAUGAGAGAAUAACCCCCUCUGAUAAGUACGGCUCGAACAGACGGCAAACUAUCAAAAAGGAGGGAAACAUCGAGAGUCCUUCGACCUCAAAGCUUUGUGUUUACAAUGAUGGCAAUGGACAAAGGAGAAAAAUGCCUACCAGCCUGAACUCUAGAAAACUCAACCACAGUGAGGAUCAGUUUGAGUUUCCUGGCAAGCAGAAAAGGUCGCAAAUAUUACAGGGAGGUUACUUGGCUAGCCAGGAAACGCGAAAGCGAACCUUUUCUGAUCUGUCCUCCACGAGCUCAUCUAGCGAAAGUGAAGAUGAUGACGAUGAGGAUGACGACAGAAACAGGAACGGCGAUGACAACGAUCAGGACGAGAGUACAUCCUCGGAUUCGUGUACUUCAUCGAGCUCAGAUUCGGAUUCCAGCGAGAGUUCCAGCGACAGUUCCGAGUGCGAUGACGAGAACGACGAGGAGGACUACGACACCGAUCGCAGCACACUAAAAGGAAAGAUCUUCGAGAAUGAAAAGCAGAGUUGCGCUAAACUUAACACCGACGACAUUCUAGGCUCUCCGCACAACAAUGAGGUGGCUAGUGAGAACUGGGGCUUCGCUGCUGUGGCAAAAAAUCCCAUUGACAUAUUUGUAAAAUCAAAAAAUAACACCAAAAGCAUUGGUUACACCAAGCAAGUUGGAAGCACGUUUAGCACUUCCCCGGCUACGAGUCGAACGCAAAAGACCGCUCCAGUAGCUUCGUCCACUCCAGAUAAAAGUUCCACAUCCAUUAGCGGUAUGUCUAUUAGAAGACAGACCGCAAAUGGACAGAAGAAGAAGAUUGUUCCCAUGAAAAGUAUGCCCCUCGAAGCGGGCAAGUCGUACGAAAAGUGCGAGGAUGACAUUCCGUAUUUAACAGAGGAAACAGUUAUGAAAGUUCAAUUGUUGGAGGAGAUAGAACGGAGCAGAGAAACCCACAGUGAGACUGAUGGAAAACCAGAAACAAAUAACGACGAAGAUGUGCCUGGGGAAACAAAACGUGCCAAUCCCUUCGAGAAUCAGCCACUACCGCCUGGUGUUACUGCCACAGAUGUGGAAUUAUAUCAAGAGGUUCUCCACAAGGCCGUAGUUCAAAUGUCCAACAACCACAUCGAGAAGGUUAAUGAUAUAAACCUAAAACCCGGACAGAACACCCAGAGUCCCAAGUCGAUUCAAAUUGGAAAAUGGGACAUUGAAACUUGGUACUCCAGUCCCUUUCCUCAAGAGUACGCCAGGCUAUUGAAAUUGUUUUUGUGCGAAUUCUGCCUUAAAUACACGAAGAGUCGUUCGGUACUGGAUAGGCAUCAAAACAAGUGCAUUUGGAAGCAGCCGCCGGGUACUGAAAUAUUCAGACAAGGAAACAUAUCGGUAUUCGAGGUGGAUGGCAACGUUAACAAGAUAUAUUGCCAAAAUUUGUGCCUGUUGGCCAAAUUCUUUUUGGACCACAAAACGUUAUAUUACGACGUGGAACCUUUUCUAUUUUAUAUUUUGACUAAGAAUGAUCAAAGCGGAUGCCAUCUGGUUGGUUACUUCUCAAAGGAAAAGCACUGUACUCAAAAGUACAACGUGUCCUGCAUCCUGACGAUGCCGCAAUACCAGAGGCAAGGAUAUGGACGGUUUCUUAUUGAUUUCAGUUAUCUGCUGAGUCGUGAGGAGGGACAGUUGGGCACUCCGGAAAAACCUCUAUCUGACCUCGGACGUCUUUCUUACUUUUCAUACUGGAAAUCAGUUGUGUUGGAGUACUUGUACAAGUAUCGCAACCACACCAAAAUAACCUUUAAGGAUAUAGCCAUUAAGACGGGUCUUGCUAUUUCUGACAUUGCCUUGGCCUUUGAAUUAUUAAACUUUAUUAAGCUAAGAAAAAACGAUGGCGACAUAAGAUAUCAGAUUAAUGUGAAAAUCGACUGGAAGAAAGUUGUGGCUCACCAUAACAAAAUGGCUAACAGCAAAACUCGAAUAAUCAUAGAAGCAGACUGCUUGAGAUGGAGUCCAUUACUAUCGGUGUCGAAAUUACCCAACAUAAUCAAGCCAAUUUCCAAUCGGGAAUAUUUAAACAACCAAAUUGAGAAAAAAUGUGAUUUUAAGGAAAUUUCUGAAGACAACAAAAUAAGCUCAAAGCAAAGUGUUUCUAGUGCCCCGAAUUCGAGUCGAGAAAGUCCCGAAAGAAAGAAUCGGGGGCCCAGCUCCGAAAAAUUUGUUGACGAGAGAGAAAUCCAGCGAAAACGUGCAUGCCCAGAAGAGUUCUUAAAAUCAGCUCCGAAUGAGGCCAAAAAAUGCAAGAUGUCUGCAACACAGCCUGCACUUGAGGACCAGUCCCUUGGCGAGCUGUCCGACUCAUCGGAUUGCAAAUCUUCUAAGGAACUUUCGGAGCAGUUGACGAAAAGAGCUCAAAGGCUGGCCAAACGCAACGACCUAAUCCCCCACACCAACAAAAGAAAGCAUUUCGACCGGCCGCUUGAAAACAAUGCGACUUUAGCCGACGAGAGUCUUCCGGUUAAAAGCCAAUCUGAAAUUUUGGAACCCGAUUAUGGCCCCAAAUUGGAGGAAACUGCUGUCAAGGAGAUCUGCAAGAAUGUUUCGGAAAAGGAGCAUGUCGACAAACCGGUCAACAUUGUACCCAAACUGCGAGGUAAGCAGUCCAAUGGAAAACGCUCUGAGGAAUCGCAGUUCAAUGGCACUAAUCCAUCAGAGCCUGUCAAAGCUGCGUCUAUCAGUCCAGCCAAGGAAACCCCUAAGGAGCUAGUUAGGGUGCCGAAAACUGAAACUGCAGAGAAAAACCAAGAAUCGGCAAAGAACGAGGGCGAAGCCAACAGUGUGAGCGACCAAGUUUUGGAUGCAGUGGCUAAGAAAACGAAGAAAACUUUGUUUUCCGAUGUAACGUCCUACAACUCUGAUGAUGUGAAGUAUAAAGCUCUGGAUAAGGCAACAGUGAAUAGCCUUGAUCCGAAAGAAAGUCCAAACGAUGCUAUCAUAAAGGAGGUUAAACCCAUUGAAGUGCCUGAUCCCAAGCCUAAGCCGCAGACUCCCGAAAAACCGGAACAUGAUGCAGCGCCCGUUUUGCAGCAGGUAAAUGCUCCUCCUGUUGUUGAUACGGAAAAAUUUACAAAUUCCGAGAAUGAUAAGAAACUAGAGUUGGACGUGAACUAUUUAAAGUUUUCGCCUGACUCAGCACCCAUUCCGCCAGCGGUGCCCUUUCAAAAGCCACUGCCCGAAGCUAAGGAAGUCACGCCCGCACAACCUAGUGAGAUUCAACAAAAGUUACCAGAAGUGGAAAGGGUGAAAAGAGUCGAAAACUCUGUGUCCAAUCCACCAUCAAACCGUACUGAGGUUCCAUCCCUUGUUGAGCAACCAGUUCCACAGACGGUACAGCCCGCCCCGGAAAAAGUAGAACAUCCGAUGGUCAAGGAAAAUUCCGACAUAAAAGAGAAGGCGAUUAAAAAAUCUGUACCGGAGGUACCAGUUGUAAAGCCGGAAAUCAACAGCGGCGAAAAGAAAUUCGAUCCCAGCAAAGUGAAAGCUGCACCCGAAAAGGAGGUUAUUAAAUCAGACCAACAACUGGUGCAAGUCAAGGAGGAGGAAAAGACGAAUGUAAGGGCGCCCUCGGCUCCCAUUCCCAUUCGUGACAAGAACCUACUGAAGGGCAACGAACAUGCCCAGUUGCAGAACUCCAUUCCCUCCCAGUUUCAGAUCAAUCAAAUGCCUAACUAUCACACUUCGCAGUACUGGCAGUGGGAGUACUACGGCUAUAAUCUUUCGCACUUAGACGCUGCAUCACAAAAAGGACAGAAGCAGUUCCAUAAAGACCUAGCCACGACAAUGGCCUACACGCACAACUUUACGCAAAACCUUUAUCAGUCCGCCAACCUGGCCAUGCAACACCACCAUCACCAGAUGCAACAGACCAAGGAGAAGCACAAGGUGGAACGCAAGAAUAGUGGCAAGAAGGAGGAGCAGACCAAGGUGUUGUCCAGUGUCAAUGUGGUCAGCAAUGCCCGCGAGGAUGCACAUGUCCAGCACUGCAACGAGUACGCGUCCAACAACCAGGCGGCAAUCUACAAUCAAAAAUGCGCUUCUCAACAGAAGCAGGCGCAACAAAUGAAGUCCCUGGCCAAUGUCCAGAAUCCAGUACCACGACAGACUAACCCCAACCCUGCUGACUCGACUAUUCUGAUGCCUAAUGCAGUGAAUUCGCAGACUGGAAGUGUCUCUGCAAAGCAAAAAGUCGAGCAUGGCGUCAAUUCAACUUCGGUCAUUUCGCGCGAGGGAAAGCUUAAUAAGAUUGGACAUCCCAAUAUUCACGCCGCCGCCCAGCAUGCCAAUCUUCAAGGGGGCGGUGGCCAAUCCGACGUCAAUCCGAAUAUGGUGUACAACACGGAGUCCUCGACUAACUCGGCUAUGCAGCACUAUGAUUGCGGAAUCAGUGCGCAAAUAAACAUGGACUCGCCAGCCAACAUUGGCACCGCUAUCGCCCACGGUUCCCAGGAAAUUGCAGCGGGGUCAAAUGUUCACAUGCAUCCACCCCACAGGCAGUUUUCUGACUGUUCCAUGCAGAACCAACCAGUCACCACGCCCAUGCACAUGUCCAUCCAGAACUCCCAUAUGCAGCAGCAGAGUAACCUGAAUAUGAAUCUGGCCCCGGAAGGUUCGGCGAACAUCAAUCUUUUAAACAAUCCGCAGCACCAGCAUCAAAGCAGAAAAUUGAACACCCAGGCGGAUAUCGCAGUUAGUUCACCGACACCUUCUCAUAGAGCCACCACCCCCAAGCAAAUCCGCAGCGGAAAUGCCCAGCAACGUGACGCAAAAAACGCAGCGCCAGCGACAACCACAACCAAUACUCAUCAUCAGAUUCCCCAGGGUGGAGCAACGACAAACAUUUCCAAGUCGCAUCACGACUCCUUGCACAACCUGCAGUUUUCGCAGCAUGGACACCAGCAAAAUAUGCAGCCCAUCGAUUACGUGCCCAUUCCACAAAUCAGUCAGAACUUCUCCUCGAAUCCUUCGAACUACGACAUUGUUGGCAUGCCAGCGGUGAUCCAGCAGCGGAUGUCACUCAAUAGUUCCGUGCACUCGCUGGCCAACACCCACCAGCGUAUCGAGCAACCCUCUUCGGCGUGUGCGGUUAACAAUUUCUACUUGCAAAACAAUAUGCCGACUGCCGAGAAUACGCCGCGGGUGCCGGUGUCUAGUUCGCUGGGUGGUCCACCAUCGGCGGGCAACAAUGACCAGCGACAGGCGGGGCAGGAUUCAAUUACCGCAGCUAAUAGCACCGGUGCAACAGCUUCUUUGGCUGGAAAUCUGUGCAGUCUGACCAAAUUGCAACAGCUUACCAACUGCUUGGAGAGCCAGCCGUGCAACACAUCACCAGGAGCGCAGGUGAACCUGGCCCCCUCACCUCACCAUCCCCUUCCGCCGAACUCGAUGACACCGCCGCCACAUCUGCUGAUGCAGAACAGGAACAUUUCCACGCCGCCAAACAUGCUGCAGGCGCAAGUGACUCCUUUGCAGUACAAGUACUAUCCCGGCAACAUGAACAUCCCGCCCAUCACGUCGGCGCAGAACACGAGCCGGAACACCCGCAACACCCCCUCGGCCCCGGUUCAGCACACCUCGACACCUAUGGGAAGCGGAAAUAACCGGACCGCAAAUGUACACCUCACUCCGAAUUUGAUGGCUCCCUAUGGGGCCAUCAACAGCUACCGAAUGUCGCCGCAACAGUCCCCGCCCACUGGAAGCUACAGCUCGGGGAGCGAAUACCCCAACUCGCAGAUUCCGAUGCAGAUGAUGAAUAUGCAAUCUCAGUACCAGGAUGCCUGCGUGCUGCAGCGAGGCACUCCAGCUAAUGCGAUGUACCCCACGUAUUCCCCCUACUUACCUCUGAACGGUUCUAUUCGCAGAUCAUAGAUGCGCACAUUUUAUAUGUUAUUGUAUUGAGUAUGAUUGUAUAAAAAUGUGUGCUGUAAAUAAAUAUAUAUUACGUCAAUUUAACAACUCAA